AUGGCUCGCCGCAACAUCAGUUCCGGCUCUGCCUUUGAAGCCGAGAUUGGAUACUCGCGGGCUGUUGCCGUCGAUGGCUGGAUCAUGGUCUCGGGGACCACGGGAUACAACUACCAGACCGGGGAGAUUUCGCCAGACGUAGCCGAGCAAGCGGAGCAGACACUUGCCAACAUCGACAAGGCCCUCAAGGAAGCAGGCUCCUGCAUGGCCGACGUGGUCCGAGUGCGGUACAUACUGCCCGACCGCACAGAAUUUCCCAAGACGUGGCCGGUGCUUAGGAGGUGGUUCGGUGACGUGCAGCCUGCCGCGACAAUGGUGCAGUCGGGAUUGAUGAAGGAGGAGAUGAAGAUUGAAAUCGAGGUAACGGCCAGGAAACGCUGA